AACUUUAUAAAUUAAUUUCUACAAAAAGCAUGGGAACGCUUGAUCUCGAUCUUUGUUAAUCUGCUUUUUAAUUUCAUCUUUAUUCGAUAUCCAGGCGUUAAAGGGAGGUUUAAUCAGGGAGUGAAUCGUCAAAUUAAUGGAUAUCGAGAUCAAAUAUGAAUUCCUUUUAUUCCCUAAUCUUGGUCACUGCUAUGGCUCUUGGGACUAGGAGUGAUAAUGAGAGAGUGUAUGGGGGGAAUACAGAAAAAGAAAAGACAUGUUUGACACCAGGCUGUGUUGUAGCAGCAGCAGAUUUUAUACAGAGGAUGGAUGUUAAAGUGGACCCUUGCACUGACUUUUAUGAAUUUGCAUGUGGAAACUACGUUAAAGAGACAGCAAUUCCUGAUCAUCAGACUGAAGCAGGAACCUUAAAUUCACUUGAUGAAAAACUAAAUAAAAACCUGAGGAAACUCUUUGAAUCAAGUCCAGGAAAAAAUGAUCCUAAAAUAUUUAAGUCUGUGAAAAAUUACUACAAAAGCUGCAUGGAUCAGGAUAACAUAGAGAAGACGAGUAAAAAGGCCAUAUUUAAGCUGGUGGACAAGCUUGGAGGUUGGCCAGUUCUUGGAGGAGAUACUUGGAAUCAGAAGAAACUAUCAUGGGACUGUUUAGAUGUGGAAGUCAUUAAAUUGGGUCUUACUCUUGAUGCAGGAAAUAUAAUGCAAUUUUCUAUUCACACAAAUCAGGCUGAUAGUACCAAGAGAAUAAUUGUGGUUGGACAGCCUGAGUUUGGUUUAGACAGAGAAUAUUUAAUUAAAGGAAUGGAAAAAAAGGAAGUUCAGGCAUAUUUCAGGUAUAUGGUUGAUUUAGCUGUUUAUCUUGGGGCACAUAAAGAAACUGCUGAGAAAGAACUUAAAGAGUCCUUGAGGUUUGAAAUAAAACUUUCAGAGAUGAGUCUUUCACAGGAGGAGAGAAGAAAUCUUACUGCUUUAAACAAUGAGAUGACAGUUGAAGAGGCAAACAAACUUUUUCCAGGGUUGAACUGGAAAAAACACAUUAAUAAAAUCUUCAGAAAUCUGGAAAUUCAAGUCAAGGCUACUGAAAUAAUCAAUAUUGCUGAAUUGCCAUAUAUCAAGAAGUUAGCAGAUUACAUGGCUGCUGUACCUGCUCGUGUACAAGCUAAUUAUCAAAUCUGGAGAAUAAUACAGAACUUGGUUCCAUUCUGUGACAAGAGUAUGCAGCAGAUUAAACUGAAGUUUUCUACUGUUCUAACAGGAAAAGAAGUUGUAAGCCCCAGAUGGGAAACCUGCGUCCUGGAAGUCGCUGGUCUGGUUUUUUUAGGAGAAUUGUUAUUCCUCAGAGAAGGUUCUCUGACAAAUGCAGUGGGUGCCAUGUAUGCAAAGGAAUACUUUCCAGAAAGUGCCAAAAAAGUUGCUGAUGAUAUGGUUAAAAAGAUCAAGAAAGAGUUUAAGAUAAUAUUGGAUGAGUUGGAUUGGAUGGAUGAUAUAACAAGAGAGAAGGCUCAUGACAAGGUGGACAAGAUGCAAGCAGUUAUUGGGUAUGCCAAGGAGAUCUUAGAUCCUGAACUCUUAAACCAAUAUUAUGAAGGGUUGGAGUUGCUUUCUCCCAAUUUUAUAACAAACAACUUAAAACUGAAGAGAUUUAUCAAAAAGUAUAUUGUCAAAGAGUUACGGAAACCCAAUGAUCCCAAAAGCUGGAAAAUACAUGGAGGAGCUGCUAUUGUAAAUGCAAAAUAUGAUACAAACACCAUAACUCUCCCAGCGGGAAUACUAGCUGGACGUCUUUUUCAGGAAAACCAACCUAAAUAUAUGAACUAUGGUGGAAUUGGACAGUUAGUUGGUCAUGAGCUUACACAUGGGUAUGAUGAUAAAGGAAGCCAAACAGACAGUAAUGGCAACCUAAUUGAUUGGUGGGAACCAGAGACUAAACAGAAAUUUCUGGAGAAAGCAAAGUGUUUUAUAGACCAGUAUGGAUCAAUGUCUGCUGAGAUUAAUGGCAGUCUUGUAAAGCUAAAUGGCAUCAUUUCACAAGGAGAGAAUAUUGGUGAUAAUGGUGGUAUCAAGCAGUCAUACAGAGCGUAUGAGAGGCUAAUUGAAGAGGAAGGGGAGGAACUCCCGUUACCUGGAUUACCAUACACCCCUCGUCAGCUGUUCUGGUUAUCUGGAGCAUCCACAUGGUGCAGUGUUUAUCGAGAUGACUGGAUGAAAACUGUUCUUCUGACUCAUGUUCAUCCACCAGGAAGGUAUAGAGUAAAUGGAUCGUUUAGAAAUCAAAAAGAGUUCUCAAAGGAUUGGAAUUGUCCGAAGGGGUCUCCUAUGAACCCUUCAAAAAAAUGUCAACUCUGGUGAAGAUAAGAAUUGUGUUGUUAAUAUUCAAUUUACUUUAAUUCAUUGUUUUAACUCAAUAUAUAAUUUAAAUUCA